AUGCUCUUCAGGAGCAUCGUGGCUGCUGCCCUCCUGGCACCCAUAGCGGCGGUCUCGGGGAUCGUCCAGCGCAACUGGAACGUCAGCACCACGAUGGAGACCAUGACUAGGACCAUGCCCGACGACUCUGACGAGAUCUUCCACGGCUACAAUCUGACUGUGCUCCUCAAUGAGCUUCCCCCCAACAGGUCAUAUGUCCUCACGCCUUGCGGUGUCAGGGAGGCCAAUCCCAACGGCAGUGCUGGCAUCAAUCGCCCCAGCAGGGUAGACGGUGAGAGCACAUGUGCCAGCAGCAACCUCACCAACGUCAACACCACCAGCAUCCCCCCCGACAACAACACAUUUGCCGAGGACGACCGGAUUACUGUCACCAGAGUCGAACCUCGCAGCCUCGGAAGGCUCCGGAAGAGGGGCUCGGGCGAUGUGAUUUACGGCUUCGCCAGACAGUGGCGGAGAAAGCCGUGGAACCCUCAGUACGCGGGUCCCCGAGAGUGGUGGGAUCUGAGCUGGCAGACGUGCCGGAACGGAAGACGUCUGGACGCCCUGGAAGGCUGCAUGUCUUUUCGCGCCCUAGAGUGGCUUGCUCACAUCAUGAUCGCUCCGGCAGAGCUCAUCACUGCGGACAGCGUCACUGAUCAGUUCAGGGUCAAAGGCUCUGGCGGUGGCCACGCACCGGCAAUCCUUCGGGGAGUUCUCGCUUGGACUGAGAUCCUCCAGGUUCUGAUCGGCCAGAUCCACGACGCAACCAUUGUCACCGAGCAUGACCAGAUGCGCAUCAUGAAAUGCUAUCUCGAUUACUCGUACCAAGCCUCGGCCUUUCUUCAGGCUCUAUCCACAAGGGCUGACGAGUUUGCGGCUGACGAUCCCGCCCGGUGCAUCGUCUUUGACAAGAUCGAGAUCCUGUACAUAGUCUACAAGCAAGUGGGCGACCUCCUGUACAGCAACGACCCAUCGAUUCGACCUGUCCUGACCAAGCAAUUCCCCGCCGUCAUCCCUGACGAGUGGCACACCAAGCACGGCGCGCCUCAGCCCAGCCAUCUCUUCGCCGACUACGUGCGAACGCACGACUGGGCGCGCAUGGGCGGCUACGAGUCUGACUUUGCCGAGUCACAGACGGCUUGGAAGUGCAUCGAGACUCGUCAGCAGUGGCCUCAGGAGCCCAGGAAGCUCGAGAGAGACUACAACAGGCAAAAGGCUGACUGGCUGAAGUUGGAGAAGGACAUCAUCUUCGAUCUGAGAACCAGGACCAGAGAGGAGGCACAACGCAGGAGGGACAGGGGGGAAGAUCACGGAAAAGGGUGGAAGACAAAGAAGCAGAGAAAGAAGGAUGAGAAGAAGGCGAAGAAGGCCCGCAAGAACGUCAAGAAGCUCAAGGAGGACGGGUUUGGUGACCUCGAUAUCUCUUGGGGUCAGGAGAUCUGGCCUGGAUUCGCCGCAGAGGACGGCCUUGCCUAUAUCGACGAGUAUUGA